UUCCACGGAAUUUUCUCCACAGAAUUGCUUUUGCACGUCUGUCAAAAAUCAGUCGUCCGUGUGUGUGUGGGGGGGGGGUCCAAUUCUGGGCUCUGUUCUGUCUCCUCCGUCGAUGUCUGUCGCAACACCAACACCGUGUCAUUUGCUCUUCUCUCAGUUCCUGCCUUUAUGACCUGUGCUCAGUCUAGGCAGCUUGCAGUCCUCACGACCCUCUGAGUGUCCUGGCCAGUGCCUGUGAAUUAUGUGGUACAGGUUUCAUGGCUGGCUGUUGUGAGAAGUCGCUGUUCCCAGCCUUCAUCGGCUCUGGGUACAUUUUUAAAUCCUUUUGGGUGUUUUUUCCCAAGCUUGGGUAGUUUCCAUGUCCGCUUGUUCUGAUCAGGAAUCUGAUACUCGCAGAUCUCCAGAACACUCUCUCUGCUCAUGCAGUCUGUCAGGCUUUGCCUCAGUGUCCACCCUCCUCCCACUAAGGCCCCAUAGCACGGCCUGCAGCUUUUCUCCUGCAUAAGCUGGGUGGUCGUAGGGCCUUCCUGUCCGAUGCCACCUCUCAGGUCACGUUGCCCUUUCUUGGCUAACAACCUUCGUUUAACAUAUUUUGUCUUCCCCCUUCCCCAUUGCUUUGGCUGUAGGCUGAGGGGAAAUCUUAUCCCUGUUUCUCAAUCUGGGCCAGAAGCCCCAUUUGAGGGAGGAAAAAAUGGGCGUGUGGUGUGUGUGUGUGUGUGUGUGGUACAGGUUUGUCUUAUGUACUUUUGUAAAAAGGUGUGCACUGGGGAGAAAAUUCUUUUUUAGGGGGUAGAGAAAGUUCUAAAAAUACGACCCAAAUGGUUAACACAGGUGAUAUUGCAGGAGACUUCCGUUUUGUUAUUUUUUGAUGUUUGUUUAAUAACAAGGGUGAAUUACUUCAUGAUCAGAAACAGUCAUAGAAUUAUCGAAUAUGGGAAAAGAAGGUAUGAGAGACAAGAAAUCUAGUUCCACAAAAACAUCCCUACUUAGAUCCAAAGGAGUGAAGAGCGUCUUGCACAUUAGUGGCUUUUUGCCCAAGAGACCUUUCCAGACACUGUCCUGUUGGCAGUUCCCUUGGCUGCAGCAAGAAAGUCCAUGUCCACGCCUGCCACGGGCCACACGUUGGCGGGCCGCUGCUGUUUGCAGGGCCUGUUGGUGAAGCGCUGUGGGGCUGGUUGGUUUAACUGGGCUGACAUCAGGCUGUCUCUUCACAGCUUUUCAGAGCUGACAGCCAAGUGUUUGCUUUUCUGCAAAUGACCUCUCCUGAUGGGUUUUAAUCCACGAAAAGGAGGCUUCCUGCUUUCCCCUGCCCUCUUGGAUUGCGGGGUGUGUGGCAUCCUGCUUCUCAAGGGUGUUUGCUCCAAAGGACUUCCAACAGUUUCCAGCUGAGACUCUGCCUGCUUUGACCUCUGCAGCCAUGGCCUGUUGAUACCCCAGCACAUCUCAGACCCCACCGGCCCCAUCCGGAUUCACCAUCCCCUUCCUGUCCCCACCCCACAGCCUUCAUGUCCUGUGUUGCCACCUGCCCUAACAUCAGGCUGAACAUCAGGCACACCCCAGGGGGGCUAAGCCACGAUCAUUCCCCUACCUUAAGUAUUUCCCACAUUUUUUCCUCUGGGAUAGGAAGGUACCUCACAGCAAAAUCAGUGACUUCUCAGGGCGCAUGGCUCUGGGAUCAGACCACUUGAAUCCCAGCUCUGCCUCGAAUGUGCUGUGCCCUUGAGUUUGUGACUUGUUUCCCAGACCCUCAGUUCCCUCGUCUGUAAAAUGGGUACACUCAGGAGUACCUAGCUCGCAUGUGGUUGUCAGGGCCGUGUGGGAUGAUCCACGCAGAAGGCUUCGCGCCGUGCCAGGCAUGAUGCCCAGGGAAUGUUCAUCUGACGGCUUUUGUGUGCCAGGCAGUGCUGUAGGAGCUGGGCCCUGACAAGGUCUGUGCCCUCCUGGAGCUCACUGUCCACAGGGCGGCUGACAAUAGACAGAUCCAGGCAAGAGCAAGCAGGAGGGGUGUUCCUUUCCACUGUAGGAUGACAGGGAAGGCCUCCCUGUGGCGGAUGUUAGCUGGGGGCUGAAGGAUGUGCACCGUUGGGAAAGUGGGGUGGGGUGGUGGCAGGUGCAAAGGCCUGGAGGCAGGAUGAACUUGGCAUGGACAGCUUUGCUGGGAAAAAAUAGGGAGCCACAGGGCAAGUGUGACUGACAGCAAAUGAGCUGGGAUGGAUGGCGGGAGACAGGAGAGGGGGGCCUGGCUCUGUCCUGAGGACCCUUUAGACCAGGGGAAGGUGCUGCCUUUGAUUCUGGACACUCAGCACGCCAAGAAGACACUGGAGAGUUUCACCUGACUCUUAAGAACAUCCUCUAGCUGCUGAGUGAGAAAUGGUUGUAGAGGGGUGAGGGCAGUGGAGGGUGGUGGAUCUUGCUGCAUUUUGGCCAGAAAAUCCAGGUGGCUAACUCGGUCCGUGGCAGGGGUGAGAGGCGAGAUUUGGUCUAGCCCGAGCUAUUGUGUCUGUUCAGUGCUCCUGCCCCCCAUCUGGAUGGCAGGAGGAAAGGGGUAAAUCAAGGCUGACUGCUCCGUCCUUUUUUUUUUUUUUUAAAUAUUUUUAAGUGGUAAAACAGACCUAAACUUCAGCAUUUUAACCAUUUGGGUAUGCAGCUCCAUGGUGGUGAAUACGCGCACACUGCUCUGCCACCGCCCCCAUCCGUUCACAGAACUCUUUCAUCUUGCAAAACCGAAAUUCUGUCCCCGUUAACGUCCUCUCCACACCCCGUGCCCCAGCUCCUGGUGCCACGGUCUGCUUUCUGCAUCCAUGAGUGGGAUGACUCCAGGGACCUCACAAGAGAGGGUCGUGCAGUAUGGAGCCUUCCGUGUCUGAUUGACUGCUCUAAGGCUUUUGGACUUGGAGACUAGACCUGAAAUGAAGGAGUCGGGGCCACAGGAGGACAGUGUGGAAGACAGACUGCCUGCUGGGGUGGUCACGGAGAGACCCCCGAGACAUGGUGCUCGCGGUGUGGCCUCUGAUGGAGUGUGGACGCAGGGCGAGCGGGUAGAGAGGCAGCUGGGAAGCACAGGGACCCGUCCGCAGCGGCCGGAGCUUUCCCUGGGGCUGCCCGCCACGGGCCGGGAGUUUCAGGUCUUCACCCCGCAGAGCUCUGGGCCGGUCCCGCCACAGUCAGAGGGCCCGAGGGAAGAGGGGACCCGGGCACUGGCCGCGCUCGGGAAGACCUUCUCCGGGGACCCGGCCGUCAGCCUGCCAACCCAACUGGACGUGGACAAGAGGUCCUAUGGCUGCAGCGCGUGCGGCAAGGCCUUCAGCCGGAGCUCGUCGCUAAUGAAGCACCAGCGCAUCCACACAGGCGAGAAGCCCUUUGAGUGUGACGCGUGUGGGAAGCACUUCAUCGAGCGCUCGUCCCUCACCAUCCACCAGCGCGUGCACACUGGGGAGAAGCCAUUCACGUGUGGAGACUGUGGCAAGGCCUUCAGCCAGCGCAUGAACCUCGUCGUGCACCAGCGCACGCACACGGGCGAGAAGCCCUACGUGUGUGCCGCAUGUGGGAAGGCCUUCCGCAAGACGUCCUCGCUGGCGCAGCACGAGCGCGUGCACACCGGGGAGAAGCCGUACGCGUGUGGCGACUGCGGCAAGGCCUUCAGCCAGAACAUGCACCUCCUCGUGCACCAGCGCACGCACACGGGCGAGAAGCCCUACGUGUGCGACGCGUGUGGCCGCGCCUUCAGCCAGAACAUGCACCUGACUGAGCACCGGCGCACGCACACGGGCGAGCGGCCGUACGCGUGCAAGGAGUGCGGCAAGGCCUUCAACAAGAGCUCGUCCCUCACGCUGCACCGGCGCCGCCACACGGGCGAGCGGCCGUAUGCGUGCGGCGAGUGCGGCAAGGCCUUCAGCCAGAGCUCCUACCUGAUCCAGCACCAGCGCUUCCACAUUGGCGUGAAACCCUUCGAGUGCAGCGCGUGCGGCAAGGCCUUCAGCAAGAACUCGGCACUCACGCAGCACCGGCGCGUGCACACUGGUGAGAAGCCCUACGCCUGUGCCGUCUGCAGCAAGCACUUCACGGGUCGCUCGUCGCUGCUCGUGCACCAGAUGGGCCACACGGGCGAGAAGCCAUUCGCAUGCGGCGAGUGCGGCAAGGCCUUCAGCCAGAGCGCGUACCUCAUCGAGCACCAGCGCAUCCACACCGGCGAGAAGCCGUACCGGUGCAGCCAGUGUGGCAAGGCCUUCAUCAAGAACUCCUCGCUCACGGUGCACCAGCGCAUCCACACGGGUGAGAAGCCAUACCGGUGCGGCGAGUGUGGCAAGGCCUUCAGCCGCAACACCAACCUCACGCGCCAUCUGAGGAUCCACACCUAGGGGGCGGCCUGGGGGUGCACCUUGUCCCGGGGCUUCCCUUCAGGGGCUUCCAAGUCCACUCCAGUGUGGGUGGGAUCCAUCAGACCCGCUGGCAGUGCGACAAGUCCUACAGGGUCACCCACCACUGGCACCCCGGCUGAGAGGAGUCCCACCCCACCGGGGCCUUACGACUGGGGCCUCGUGGACGGCCCCCUCCCCACUGGGCACCUGCAUGCCCACAGCAGAAAGGGUCUGAUACAUCCUCUGGGUCUGAUACACUGGGGGCCAUGGUCAGGGCUGCUGCUGUGGCUGGAAACCCCCAGGAGCUCCAGGAACCUGGCAUCAGGGUUCCAGGCUGUGGGAAUGCAUAUAAGAGCUGGGACGAGGCAUUUGGUGUCUCUGGGCGACACUCAGUAGGAAAGCAGGAGGGGCGGGGGGAGGUGGACUCAAUAAGUGAAUGUGGGGACAUUUCUGGACCCUAGAUCUGGUCCAGAUGUCAGGUUGUCAUCCUCCAUGAAGUCCCUCCUGGGGUAGAAGCCAGAGGGCCCCUCCCUCCAUCCGUUCCUGACCCACCAUGCUAGACCCACCAUGUCACCUGCCACUGACAUGGCAAGCUGUCAAUGGGCGAAAAAGGUGGUUUUCAGAGUCCGCAAAUAACAGUAAGCACUUUGGAUGCCAAAGUUUCUCAGUCUGUUAAAUUUUUUUUUAAAUAAAACUUUUCAUUAAGAGAGACUGGUGUAAUUUUAAACAGUUGUCAAACAGGUGCAAAAGAUAUAGGCACCAGUGGUCCCGUUGAAAUCUGCGUCAGUGCCUGUGGGAGACGAGAAGGUCAGGCAAACACCAGCGGGCCAAAUAUUCAGGUUUAAAGACUUAGCUUAGAAAGUUUGCAUAUCUGGGCACACACUCCGUUUUUAUAGUGAUUUUUGCAGUUAAAUUUGAAGGCAGCUCCAAGGGAGUUUCCUAAGGCUCACCUGAUGCUUUGUUUACACAGAGAUACCGCCCCCAUUCAGCCCCAGAGUCUCCUUUUGAAAGACCCUAGAGGACCUGCACCCAAGGACGCACUCACAGACCACUGGAUGCAAUAAGCAAGAGGAUUUUAUUCGGGCAUGCUCGGACUCCCAGGGACACUUGACCACGAAAUCCGCGAGGGAUGGGUCAGUGUCUGAGAGCCCCGAUCUGUUUCGGGAGUCCCUUAAUAUAGAAUUUUACAGUCCAUUACAUCAGAGCCCUCACUUUUCCAGCCAGUAAUUUCAAAGCAUUACAGCAAGGCCUACACACAGGUAGCCAAUCCUUUAAAACCAACCAUACAUUCUGGCCAGUCACCGUUCAGGUAGUGUACAGUAGAGGGUACGUGUUGAAUUGCACGUUUCUAACCUUUAUCUGUAUACGU